AUGAAAAGUGAAUUUUCGAAUUUCUUUUCUCCUCUGCAGCAUGGAGUGUCGACAGAGGUAGGAACAGAUCUUCUCUUACACCAUAUCCAGAUUCUACUAGAAGCCAACAGUGACUGGAUUGCUUUGAAGACUGAUGCUAAAAAUGCCUUUACUUCAAUCCACCGCUCCCAUUUGCCGCAACAAGUGAUGAAAUCUUUUCAUAUCUUGACAAAUCAUGUCAUGCAAAUGUAUUCUGGGUUUUGUUCUCUGGUCUUCCUACAGUACAACGUCCCAGUUAUUUUGUCAUCUAAAGAAGGCAUCCAUCAGGGAGAUCCUCUAGGACCAGUUCUGUUUUCUUUAGGCAUACAGCAAACCCUGGUUGAUUUGCAAAGCAAUUUCCAAGCAGUAAGAGUGCUAGCUUAUCUUGAUGAUGUUUUCUUAGUUGGACCAGCAAAACAUGUCCUUGAUGCCUUUUCCACUCUUCAACCUGAAUUUUUCAAAAUAGGAUUGGAAAUACAGGAAGCAAAAUGUGAAAUAUACUGUUCACACGACAAAGAAGACACCUCUUCUGAAUAUACCAUACAUGUUUCAAGUGAAGGCAUUAUGAUACUAGGAACACCAAUUGGGAAACGUGAAUAUGUUGCACGAGCAUGUUCCACUAUUGCAGAAAAAAUGAAUGAUCUUUGUAGACAGCUUGUCGACUUGGAUAAUGUGCAAGCAUCCAUGUUGCUUCUUAGAUACUGUCAUACCACACGGCUAAAUCACUUAGCAAGAGGAACAAGUCCAGAAACACUGGAACAGGCAGCUACUAUCCACGACAAGCAAACAAAGUCUAUGUUCUCUCGUUUGCUAGGAAAUGUUAACAUCAGUGGAAAUAUGUGGAACCAAGCAAUAUGUUGCCAGCAAGACCAGGAGGAUUUGGUAUGA